AUGGCUACCGGAGUGGAUGCGCGGCUUUUGAAGUCGACCAAGUUCCCGCCCGAGUUUAGCCAGAAGGUUGAUAUGCAAAAGGUCAAUCUCCAGGUCAUGAAGAAAUGGAUCGCGGGCAAGAUAUCCGAUAUCCUUGGGAACGAAGACGACGUAGUGAUCGAGCUUUGCUUUAAUCUGAUCGAAGGCCCGCGAUACCCAGACAUCAAGUCACUCCAGAUCCAACUCACGGGCUUCCUCGAUAAAGAUACUGCGUCUUUCUGUAAAGACCUAUGGAGAUUACUGUUGAGCGCCCAGGCCAGUCCUCAAGGCGUGCCUAAGGAGCUCCUCGAAGCUAAAAAGCUGGAGCUCAUCCAGGAAAAGAUUGAAGCCGAUCGUGCCGCAGAGAGCGCCAAGAAGAGGCGAGAUGAGUGGGAUCGCCGUGAUCGCGAAGUAGCCGACCUCAAAGAUCGCGAUCGUCGAGAUCGAGCAUCGGCUCAGGAGGCUUCAGGAGAGGAGGUGGGAGGUCUCGAUCUCCGGGUCCCCGCUUCCGCGACUCGAGGGACUCCUACGGUCGCGACAGUUACGUCCCUCGUGGGAGGCGCGGCGGCGGUAGAGCUGGACCUGGUCGACGAAGGUCCCCUGCUCGAUCGCCUUCAGCAUCUGGCUCAUCUCGAUCGAACUCGCGCGGCCGUAGUGCGUCGCGCAGCACCAACAGAUCUGACAGUCGGCGACGACCCUCAUCACCCGGAAGACAGAGAGACGGGCGAAAGAGAUCACGAUCACCCGGAGGCGACACCUACCGAGGCAGAGCAAACCGUCGAAACGAGGGAGGGCGUAGAGCUGCUGCAUCUCGCUCUGCAUCCUCGGAGCGACGUUCUCCUUCUCCAAAGCGAAGACGAUACUCUUCUUCAAGAAGCCGAUCGGUAG